UUGAGGUUAGAGAAAAAGUGGAAGUGUUUUGGAAGAUUUGGAAGAGAAGGAAUCCCGGAAAUGAUGAAGAAUAUCGCUUUUAUUAAUACGCAAAAGAAGCCACUUGAGGAGCUGAAACUUACUUGGGAUGGUUGCCAAAUUCCUGCCAUGAGUGAACAAUUUGCCGUAAAACGUCUUCGUGCAAAGUACACAGCCCUACCCAUGGAUGGGUUGGAAGUAACCCGAGAUACUGAUGUGCUGGAAGAGUGGCUACGGAAUGCUCAACUGUUUGAGAGUGAGAUUGAGAGUUUGCUGAAGCUGGAUUUUCACAGAUUAACAAAGAUGACUGUCGCAGCGGAGAAGCAUAACAGAAACCACAAUCAUCAUCACACCACUAAUGGCAAUAACCACAAUCCAAAGAGAAAAGAGUCGUGGGAUUCAAAGAAUGGAAAAAUCAAAAGUGAUCUACUGGGAAGCUAUAGCAAUGGAAAGUACUCAUACAGGGGGCGACGCUCCGAGUCCGUCAUGUCCACCGAUUCAGACAUUAGAUUUACAAGGAGAAAACUUGGGGAGAAUGAAAAAUGUGGCUGUGCUCUCAUUGCUGGCUUUCUGGCCACACUCCUCCUGGCUGGAGCUAUUGUCUACAUUGGAUACACAUACCUCCGUCCAGAUCCGCUACCUGAUAGAGUAUUUAGGGCGAGAUUUAGGGUUACCAAGGGGGAUUCGUGGCAACCAGAGCUUGCGGAUCAGAAUUCCCUGCGGUUUCAGCAUCACGCACGAGACUACCGGGAACGAAUAAAUUUAGUCUUGCGACGUUCAGACCUCCGGGAAACUUAUGAGGGAUGUGAAAUUCUCGCCUUGGAUGGGAAUGAUGAUCGUGAUGAUUUGAUGGUGCAUUUUGUGUUGCACUUUGACCCAUAUCGGGGGCUAGUCUCAGCGGCGGAUUUGCAUGCAAUCUUUACGGAGGAAUUUGAAGCUGAUCGUCCACGAUACUUUAGCAAUUUAACCAUUGAUCCGGGUUCGUUGGAUUUUCAGGAGAUGAUGGGGAAUUUUGACGACAUCUCGGGAACAUCAUCUUCUCCACUUGGUGGAAAGGAUGAUGUGCAAAAUAGUAGUACAAUAGCUGUGAAGCUUCCACCACGACGAUGUGAACCGGUACGGCUAAGGUAUUGUCGCAAUAUUGGCUACAACAUGACGACGUAUCCCAACUUCCUGGGGCACACAUCUUUUGAGGAAGUUGAGCAGAAUUUGAUAGCUUUUAGAGAACUUGUGGAUGCUGAAUGCUUCCGGCAGGCAUUUGACUUUGUUUGUCGCCUCCUGCAGCCUCCGUGUGAACUGAGGGAACCCCUUGAGGCACAAGCUGGAAUGGUUUGUCGUAGCUACUGUCAGGAUUUUCUCAAUGGCUGUGGGAGUCGUCUCCCAAAGAAAUUCCGGAAGUACUUCAAUUGCGAACGAUUCCCCGAAUCCACGGGUAGUCAGACAUGCCAUCAACGUCCCGAAUGUGCUGCUGAUCUCCAAUCUCAGGCUCUUUCAUCGCGACUAUGUGAUGGCAUUGCUGACUGUCCGGAUCUCAGUGAUGAGACAACGUGCUCAUUCUGUCCGGAAAAUUCCCUCUACUGCGGCAGAGGAAGGGCGUGCAUUUCACGAAGAUCUCGUUGCGAUGGGAAGGCUGAUUGUCCCGAUGGGAGUGAUGAAAUGGACUGCUUAUCAAUUGCCCCAUUGGUGUCCUAUGUCUCCAAGCCACUGCCCUUGACUCCGCAUAGGAAUAAAUUCUACAGCGAAGGUUUUGCCAUUUUCUCCGAAAAGGGCAUCACGGGGAAGCUCUGUGCUGAAGGAUUGGACUCCGAUAGGGAUGCAUCAGUGCGCAAUACAGUGGCGGAAUCUCUGUGCAAAGCUCUUGGGUACCAGAGGCUCCUUCAUGCGGAAGUACGGACCGAUAGGGAGCCCAAUACAACGUAUGUACGUGUUUUUAAUCCACGUGCUCCGGAGAUUUCUUUCGUGCGCACAAAUUGCCGGAAACGAUUAGCUUUGUACGUGCAGUGUGAUAAUCUCGAGUGUGGCGUUCAGUCACUCUUUAGUGGAAGUCGCACGAUGACUCUGCCCAAGAUGAGCGCUCCUGGUGAUUGGCCAUGGCAUGUUGCCCUCUACAGGAGUGAUAUACACGUGUGCGAUGGAACACUCGUCUCGGAUGAAUGGGUUCUCACGACUGAAGGAUGCUUCCAGGGGCAGUCAAAAGCCACAUGGAUGGCUGUCCUGGGAUCAGUUAGGCUCACUUCAUCCCCACCAUGGAUGCAACGGAGGAGGAUUAUUGGAAUGGUAAAAUCCCCCGUGGAAGGCUCAACAGCGGCUCUUGUUCGCCUUGAAACUCCCGUGGAAUAUUCAGAUUUCGUCCGUCCAAUUUGUCUGCCCGAUGAGGUGCACAAGAAACGCCCCGUGCCCACUGGAAGAUCAUCCCGAGAUCGCCCACAGGCUGAGAAACUCGAAAAUACGCGUUCACCUGACUUCAAUACCCUUCUUUCGGCGUCACAGCAUAAGAUAAAAGUAAAUCGUGACUACUUCAGUAGUCCAGCUAAUGAUGCCAUUGGUGAGGAGAAUACCUUCCCACGGGCACUUCAUGAGGAAUUCGAUGGGGACGAUAUGCCCAAGGCGGAAUCCCUCAAUAGUCUAUCGUUCAGCAAAAAGUACCCCCUACCCAAUAAUUCCCCACAGACGCAGGAAUAUGAGGAACGAAGUGCUGCCUUCAAGGGAACCCAGUACUCCUCCCUCACAAAUCCAUCCAUCGCCAUGGUUCACUACGCCAAUGUUGCUGCUGCUGAAGUGCCCACAAACACCCGCAUGCCACCGCAUCAGUGGACAAAUUGCAACACCCUCGGCUGGGCGAGACAGAGGGAUCAUCUGCAGCGUGUUCAGUUGAAAAUUGGUGACAUGGAGGCGUGUGAAAAUGUCUCAAUUGCCACCGUGAACAGCAUGUGCACCGAAACGGCUUAUCACAAGCAAGAUUGCACGGAGGAAGAAUUUGCCGGAAGUCCUGUUCUCUGCCUCCUUCCGGACAACAAACGAUGGGCCCUAGUCGGUAUGGCAUCGUGGCGAAUUGCAUGUGCUGUGAGUGGAACAGAACGACCACGAAUGUAUGAUAAAAUAUCCUCAAAUGCCGCAUGGAUUCGAGACAUAAUCAGUGCAACGUGAAGCACCCACAAGCAUUUCUACAAUCAAUUAGGACAAAUGAAAAAAGCUCUAUGAAUUGAUACUUUUAUUUAAUAUUAAAUAUUAAGAAGUCCUUUUGUAAAUACAUAAAUCCCAAAAAAAACUUAUCAAUUUGAUCGUUUUUUUUAUCAAUCGCAUUGUUUGGCAAUUUUCCGCGAUGAGAUAAUACCACGGUCGGGGGAGUUUGUUUCAUCUUCUUUAGUUCUUUCCCAGCCAGUCCAGCAGGAGAAAGGUCGUCAGGUGUGGAGCGCGCACAGAGAUUCCAUGAUGAUGCUGAGAAAUGCUGCAAUCUGCAUUAUCGUACAAUUGAUCUUCAAUGUAAUUUUGGUGUAACAUUACGCGGAGGAACCGUGUGAAGUGUGUAAUAAAUCUCUGUUAUAUGUUGCAGCUUCAAUUGGUGCAUGUGAAGUACAUUGAUGGAUUUGCGAGGGAGGAUUCCACACAUUCUUCUUCUCCCACUGCUGAUUGUGAGUCUUCGACAAUUGUUUCAGCUACCUCUCAUCUUGCAACAGAUUCAUUGGGAGAAGAAGAAAUUAAUUUAUCGGAAGGUACAACAGAGAACUUCCUAAUUAGCACAACAGAAGACGCCAAUCAUCCUGAUGUUGAAGUGACAAAAGAACAAACUCAGACAACACCUGAAUGUGAUGAGGAAAGUCCGGAAAAUGGAAAAACUAAACCACUUCCAGAUGACUACCAAUGGAUGGUAGUAUCUGUUAUUUUCAUCGUUCUAACCCUUGGAUCAGCUUCAGCUGCGGUCUUUAUUCUCCUCAUUACCCCGUCCACCGUU